GCGAGCACACGCACUAUUUUUUAGUGCUAGCUUAUUACAGCAGAUGUCUCAUAGCCAUGUCCCAAUAAAGAAUAAGCGGUCCUCGGCUCUUCAUUUUUUGCGCGCUUCAAUUUUUAAUAUUCGCUCGUGAUGUGCACUGGCGGUCGGGUGCCAACUUGAUACCUACUCGAUUACUAUACUUACACUAUUAUUCAAAAUACUUAUUAAAGUGCGUUUUGACCAUUCAACAAAUCACCGCUAGAUAAACAGUUUUAUUUUUUUCUCAGUUUGAGUUGAAACAGUUUCGAAUUUGCCGCGACUUUUUUUUUAUUGUGCCUUUAAAACAAAGUGAAUUUUUCUAACGCGCGACCACCGUUAGACGAAAAUACGAUGUUAUUAACUUAACGAAUGGAUUUUGUGCAGAAAACGCAAACGUUUCGAUGACUAUUUCUUUAAGGUGAAUACUUUUUACGAUGGUAGAUACACAACAUUUCUGUCUGCGUUGGAACAAUUAUCAAAGCAGCAUAACAUCGGCCUUCGAGAACCUCCGCGAUGACGAGGAUUUCGUGGACGUCACUUUGGCGUGUGACGGCAGGAGCCUGAAGGCUCACAGAGUUGUUCUGUCGGCUUGCAGUCCGUAUUUUAGGGAAUUGCUCAAGAGCACCCCCUGCAAACACCCUGUGAUAGUUCUCCAAGAUGUCGCCUGGACGGAUCUGCACGCCUUGGUGGAAUUCAUCUACCAUGGAGAAGUCAACGUGCACCAGCGCUCCCUAUCGUCGUUCCUUAAAACGGCCGAAGUUCUCAGGGUUAGCGGCCUCACGCAGCAGCACGGCGACGGCCGAGAUCAGUUGGCACAAGUACAAAGUAUGGUCAGAUCGCAACAACAAUCAACCCCCUUAUCAAACCAUCACCCGACCUUUACUGAUAAGCUAGUAGAAGAUAGUUUAUUUACCUCUCCAUCCUCACCACCCCACGGGGCCACCGUGAAUCAGCUACUGAGGCGAGCGGCGGCCUUACAAUACAGGCGAGAAAGGAGGAUAUCAUCGGAUCCAGAAAACGAGCAUAAAAGAGCAAGAGCUGACCACAUAAUCAGCAAUAACAACAACAACAAUAACAGCGAAUUGAAUUUAUCGACGACGCAUCCUCCACCGCAAACGCAACCCGCCGAUUUCUCGCCCAGCGCCAUGAAGAAUAACGUGCUCAAUUUGAAUUUAAAUUCGACAAAAAACGAAAUAGAAGGGAAUGGGAUCAGCAGUACGGAUAGAGAAGCAUCCCCUUGUUCGCCUUCGCCCACGCUCGUCCAUUCCCGGUGCAACAACAACGACAACGACAACAAUAACAUUAAAAACGAACCCAUGGAACUGCUCUGCUCGACGAACCAGGACGACAACAGCAACGAUUCCGCGGACAUCACCAACGACAACGGCGCCGGGCCGGGACAGGGCGGGCCGCAUUCCGGAGGAAGUUCGGGAGGCGGCGGUGACCAUGAUGACCACGACAGUGCUAUCAGCCCUUAUUUGACGCCGACGGAGAGCAAAUUGUUCGCGACGGCGGCGGGAAGUUUUAAUUUUAGUAUGGCCGCCCUUGCCGGGGAUCCUUCAGUGCUCGGAGGGUUAAACCAAUCAUUACAGGGAAACGACAGUCUGGCAGGGACUUCACAAGCAGACCGUCGUCCGAACUUUCCGUUGCCUUUGAAUGCGACCCACCGGUGCGACGUGUGCGGCAAGCUGCUCAGCACGAAGCUGACGUUGAAGAGGCACAAGGAGCAGCAGCACCUGCAGCCGCUGAACAGCGCCGUCUGUGGCCUAUGCCGGAAAGUUUUUCGCACGCUGAACUCGCUGAAUAACCACAGAAGCAUCUAUCACAGGAGACAGAAAGAUCAUGCGAACUCCUCCUCUCACAAUCAGCCUGUUAAGCCCCCGCUAUGAUCUUGCAUUUAAAAUUUUCUUGAGACUAGACAAUAGACACGUUCCGAGAAACAUAUCUUAAGACGCCGAGCUAAAUUUUUAUAGACUAAUCGUAAUCUUAAAUAAUCUUAAGAUAUAUUUUUUGGAUUUGUAAAGAUUUCCAAUUGAAGCAAUUGAUUGUUAAUUAUCCGUCUAGGCGAUUAUUGUCAAGCAGUCGACUAAAAGAGGUUACACUUUAACUCUAUAUGCAAUUUAUCCAAAAAAAUUUUGUAUGUUUAAAAAAUAUUCUGUGUUUAUUCGGCAUGAAUUCGCUAAUUUAUUUAUUAUUGAGUUAUUGUGUAAUCUCGGUGUAAACAUAAGUGUAGAAACAGUGGAGAUACUAACGGUAUCGUAGGAAAUUGACAAUAUGAGUUUUUAUGACUUAAAAAUUUAUUUAUGUAUGAGACUGAAAAUUUUUUAAAUAUUAUAAAUAUUAUAAAAUAUUAUUAAUUCGGAACCAAAAAAAAUAAAAUUAAAUGUGAUGUUACUAAAAGGAAACGGAUAAACGACUGAUUUUCACAGGGUGUUUACUAAAUAUUAUUCAAAAGUUUUAAAUUAUCAUUUGAUGAAGAAGCUAGUGAGAUCUUUUUCUAGAAUUCGCGUUGAAAUAGAAAUAUGAAUAAUUUUUUAUUCUUUCUAUUUACUUUCAUAAAUAGAUUCAUAAAUGUUGAAUAUAACUAUUAUUGCACAUUUCUAUUUCAACGAAAAUUCAGAAAAAUAUCUUCAAG